AUGGUGCUUGAGCUUCAUGUAUGGGGCCCAGCCUUUGGGCUCCCCUCAAUAGAGCCCGAAUGCAUAGCGACGGUUGCCUACUGCCAGCGCGUUAUUCCCAAGGGAGACUGGACACUCGUUGCAGAGCACAACCCCACGGUUGGCGCCACUGCAGAGAGCUUGCCGAUCCUUUUUGAUGACGAUGUCGCGACCGCGUCCGGCUUCGAGGAUAUCGUCGCAUACCUACGUAAUCACCCUGCAGUUACCGAUGACCUCGAUGUCAACCUAUCCAACAGACAGCGGACCGACAGGACUGCUUUCAUAACGUUCCUCCAAUCUACAGCGACGCCUCUGAUCGACCUAUCCCUCUACGUCUCUGCCGAAAACUACAACACCGCGACCUCGUCCGCCUAUACUGCAAUUCUGCCAUGGUAUGCCAACUACACCGUCCCUCCGAAACGACGAGACCUUGCGAGGGCCCGGACGGCGCAUAUGGGAUUGAGUAGCUUGGAUGUGGACACUACCACGGAGGAAGGCUUUGCGCCGGGUCGGGGAACUGCUUCGUCAGAAUAUGAGGCCGCAAAACGGGCAGCUGGCAUACCGACCGAAAGUCAACCCAACGCCAUGAGCAUGGGGCGUGGAAAGGGUCUGGGCGGUCUCCUAGGUGGCCAAGUGUAUGCUGCGCGUUUUAGACUGGAUGCUCUGUCGGGUGAGCUCCUAGAUCCCUUAUCAGAUCUAUUGGGGAAACACGACUAUCUCUUCCAUGGAGAGCAACCUUCUAGUUUCGAUUGCCUUGCCUUUGGGUAUCUGUCCUUGCUGUACUACCCAACAGUGCCUCAAGCUUGGCUCCGGGAGACUAUCCAGACCAAGUACCCACGCAUCGGAGAAUACAUUCGCAGGUUGCGCAAGGAGUUUUUCAACACCGACAAGGUCGACCCUGUAGACGUCUGGUCUGUUUCUACUGGCGCGAAGAAAUCCCUAAGAAGUACCUCUCUACCAUGGACAACAAGAUCAGAGACUCUCGCCUCCAGUACGCUAGCCAGUGCGAAGGAGAUCUUGGGCAACAUGCCCGGGCUGUCUGCCUUGUCCCGACGGCAUAACGUCGUUGUCUCAGAGCCGCCGCUAGUGUCAAAGCGCGUCAGAUCUGAGCUCCCGUCUCCGUUGUUCGUCAACACCCUCCUAGGUUCUCGCGCGCCUACGGCGUCGCAGAUUCAGAGCCCCCCGCCCCCUUCGUCGUCGACCAAGAGCGGACGCUUCUUUGGCAAGGCCAACAUCGGCCACACCUUCCGCCACAAGUCCGCCGGUGCCUUCGGACCCGACCUUGCGAAGAAGCUGUCACAACUUGUCAAGAUGGAGAAGAACGUCAUGCGCAGCAUGGAGCUUGUUUCCAGGGAGCGCAUGGAGGUCGCACAACAACUCUCCAUUUGGGGCGAGGCUUGCGACGACGACGUCUCUGACGUCACUGACAAGCUCGGUGUCCUCAUCUACGAGAUCGGUGAGCUCGAGGACCAGUACGUCGACCGUUACGACCAAUACCGUGUCACCAUCAAGAGCAUCCGCAACAUUGAGGCUUCCGUUCAGCCCAGCCGUGACCGCAAGCAGAAGAUUACCGACCAGAUUGCUCAGUUGAAGUACAAGGAGCCCAACUCUCCCAAGAUCGUUGUCCUCGAGCAGGAGCUUGUACGCGCUGAGGCCGAGUCACUUGUCGCAGAGGCCCAACUUUCCAACAUCACCCGUGAGAAGCUCAAGGCAGCUUUCACGUACCAAUUCGAUGCCAUGCGCGAGCACUGCGAGAAGCUGGCCAUCAUUGCCGGCUACGGAAAGCACCUGCUCGAGCUUGUCGACGACACCCCCGUCACUCCCGGAGAGACCCGUCAAGCUUACGAUGGCUACGAGGCUAGCAAGGCCAUCAUCCAAGACUGCGAGGAUGCCCUUACCAACUGGGUGUCUCAGAACGCCUCUGUCUCCUCCAAGCUCUCCCAGCGUUCGCGCACCCUUUCUCAGCGUCGUCGCAACCAGAACCGCAACAUGGGCGAGGGUGUUGACCUCUCUGGCCAAGACCAGGCCCUUGACAGGGAGUCUGGCUUGUGGAUCCCUGCCGAGCAGCACCAGGGUAACGGCUACGAGGGUGAAGAUCUUGACGACGAUGUUACUUCCACGAUCGCUAGUGAGCACCAGCGUGGUCGGGAGGACGAGAGGGUUGUUGCUGCUUAG